GCACGCGGUUUCCUCCACAUAAGGUUACAAAGUAUCAUAUUUAGAGAUUAUUUCAGUGAAAGACGGAAUUGUUUCUCCCACGCAUUUUUCCUUCAUUACUUUGAUCAAUGAUCCUUUAAUCAAUGCAGUGAAUGUGUAUAACUAUGGUGUAUCUUUUGAAAGAAUCCAAACAUAAUAUACUAUAAAGAGUUGUGUGGCAACCUCCGAAGACUAAUAACAUGUUACCAACUUACGCCAGAACAUUGGAGGGGAGAGGAAGUAUCAUGUGUUGCACAGUGUCGAGGUUGAACUGUUGUUAGCAACAAGGGAUAGGCGUAGAAUGAACGACUGGCGGCCCUGAUUAAGAAAUUGAGAGGUAUGGAUUAGUGUCUACGUAGAUUCUGCUUAGUGAAGAUGUACAAACAGGAUGAAAUAAUAUAAAGUGCAAUAACAGAUGCCAAAAAUGACUAUAAACUGUGUGUAAUAUACCUAAUCUAUGCAGUGCUUCUAACCCUUCCUGGGAAAUUCAGUGCAUGUGUGAAAUUGCAAAUCUGAAUACAUAGAACACUACAAAGUACAAAGAAACACAUUCAUCAUGGCAAGGGGAGAGGACAGAGAGCAGCUUCUUCAGGAGGUGUCAGACCUGGACCAACAACUGCAUUCCUUUGUCGCCAACAACUCUACGGAAUAUGGGGAACCUCAGGAGGAAGUCAAAGGCUGCAAGCGCUUCCUGAAAGCAUUACAACAAGUGAAGAAUAUCACAAUAGAGCCAAUUCUCUUCUUGUAUUUGCUCUCCUGGACUAUUCAGUCUUCUAUUUCUACAAAUCUCUUGUUAGAUAAGGUGUGUAUUGAAAAGAAUUACUCCAGUGAAAUCUGUGCAAACCUAUCAUCGUACCCAAACAACCAGAUUGAGGUACAGCGCGUUGUCACGAAGAUCAACAUGUACAUGGACUUGCUCACUAACAUACCGUCAGUAUUGUUUGUGCUAUUCUUGGGGUCUUGGAGUGAUAAGCAUGGGAGAAAGCUGCCGAUGAUCUUGCCGUUGGUGGGGAGUCUACUGUCGACCGUGUUGUAUCUUAUGAAUGCAUAUUGGUUUAGUCUUCCUGCCCUCUAUAUUCUUCUGUCUGGAGUGCCUCGAGCUCUGACAGGAGGUUUCAUCACCAUGAUAAUGGCAUGUUAUGCAUACAUAUCUGAUAUAACCAAGAUAAGGAGUCGCACGAUGCGUAUUGCGAUUUUGGACCUUUUCAUGUUUUUGGGAGCACCUCUAGGACUGCUUUUAAGUGAUGUCACCUUUUAUUCCCUUGGAUAUUUGGGUAUUUAUGGGUUAAGUGCCUUGCUGUUUCUGAUAGCAAUUUUAUAUGCCAUUCUGCGGAUUGAAGAUACAAGAGGCCGCUUUUCUAAAUACCACUUGGAAGCGUCUGAACUGGCACAGACUCCAGGAAAUAUGUGCAAAGACUUAGUGGACAUUAACAACGUGAAGAAAAGUAUUGCUGUCUGUUUUAAACCUCGGAGGCACAAACUUAGGACCAAGAUUUUGUCACUAAUGGCAGCCAUGUGCGUCCUUGUUUUUGUGUUUGGUACUACUGGUGUUGAUUAUCUCUAUACAAAGAGAAAAUUUGGCUGGACCUACGACCAGUAUGUCCAUCUUGGCCUUGUAGAAGUUUUUGUUGGUGUUGCUGGAAAUUCUGUUGUGCUGCCUUUGGUGAGCUACAAGCUGCAAGUUGAUGAUUCUGUGAUUGGCUUUGUAGGAAGCUUGUUCAAGAUAGCUAGCCUUAUAAUCAAAGGUCUUGCAGCACAACCAUGGAUGCUGUACCUGAGUUCCUGUGUCAACUUCCCAGGAGGAUUGCCGUUAAUCAUCAUACGAUCCAUGAUGAGCAAGAUCAUUCCGUCAGAUGAGUUAGGCAUGAUAUUUUCCAUGCUGGCAUCGUGGGAAUCUAUUCUGCCACUGGUCUCUCACCCUCUGUGUACUCUUGUGUAUAAUGCUACCAUCAAAGAUUUUCCUGGAACAGUCUACCUCAUGAGCUCUCUAUUCGUUGUGAUUUCUACUGGAAUCUUUGUAUGGUUGAUCAAGAAUAGAAAUUUCACAUCACCUGAACCUCACGUUCAUGAAGAUGAGAUCAUUCAAAGUGUCGAAAGCUGAAAAAGUCUACUAGAAUAUGAGCUCUAAAACGGAUUGCUAAGGGCAUUAAAACUCAGAAAUCAUCUGAAAGAAGGUUACAAAAAAUGUGUAGGGAAUCUUUGAAAACAACUGGAAAUUGUUGUUUAUAGAUGUGAGUCAUGAAAUGUAGUUUUUCAAGUAACGUCCAUUAUCUGACAGGGAUGUGGUCCACAGAAAUCAGCCAAUAUAAUCUUUCCCACAAGACUUGAAAGUUAAGAAGGGUUGGGUUUUGGCUACUAUAUCUACCCUAGAAAAAUUAAAUGAAUAGGGAAAGUAUACCACUAAUUAUCACUUAACAGUGACUGGCAGACCCUCUUACGCAGUCUACCUGUUCAAUCGGUUCACAGGCCCUGGCAUGAAAUCAUUGAUGUACCAGUGGUGUGCCAGUAGUUGACAAGGCUCAGCUUAUUCAGUCUAUUUCCUACUUAAUUUUCGUGUGUUUUUCUCUUUCUUUUAUUUCUUUUUUUCUUUUCUUUUUUUUAGUCAAUAAUGAUAGGUCUACAUGUUACUAUUAUGAAUAUGGAUCUCCUGAUCAAUUUCAGUCUGACAUGUAGGCAGACUGGCACAGGAUGAAUGUCAGAGCAAAGAAAUAUCAGAUAAUGGGCUUUACUUAAAUUUAUAUAUGAAAUUCACGGGUAAUUAAUUAUGUGAAAGGUGCCAAAGUUUCUUAUGAUAUGAAGUAGUAAUGUUAAAAAAUUAUUGCAUGUCGGGCAAAUGUGUUGUAAUACUGAAUGUAAUUUCUUAUGUACAUUAUAUGCUUGUCCAUGUGUGAGUGUGUGUGCACGUGUGUGAGUGUGUGAGUGUGUGUGCACGUGUGAGUGUGUGUGCACG